AUGGGACAUUUUAAAGCAAUAGAAAAACAAUUAUCAAGCAUGAAAAUACAUGUUACUUUAAUCACCGUGUUUUUUAUAAUAAAAUCCAGUGAAUCAAAUUCUUUUAAAAAUGAACAAUUUACGAACAAUCCAGGAAUAUAUUUUGAAAAUAUCUCCCCAUUAUUCUUAACUGUUUCACAGUGGAACCUAGUAACCUAUUACAACAUAUCUGAUUAUGAACAAAAUUAUGCAGCAAUUAACCUAUAUUAUAUUAAUCUAAAAUACCUUUGUGAUAAAUACCAAUCAACUUAUGAAAAAUUAACAGAAACUUGCACGGAAUUACAAAAAAUUAAUUUUCAAACUAUCAACAAAAUAAACGAAGAACACGAAAUUGUUCAACAAUACCUAGAAAUCGACGAAACCAAUUACAACACAGCUAAACAACGAACAAAACGAAGUUCAUAUUUCGGCGGAAUUGGAAAAUUGCAACGAAUUUUAUUUGGAGUACUAACGGAAGAGGAAGGAGAAAUAUUUGAGGACAAGAUCAAAACACUAGAAGAAAAACAAAUAAAAACCUUAAUGAUUCAAAAAGAACAAAUCAAAAUAUUCAAAAGUUCAUUAGAUUCAGUGAAUGAAAUUACUUCAAGCUACACAAAAAUUAAAGACACCAUAGAUAUUAAUAUGAAUAAACUAAAUAAUGAAUUAAAAAUACAAAAAGACGAAUUAAAAAUCUUAAAUAUAGUAGAAUCAAUAUUACUAUAUAACUCACUCUAUACUGAAUUACUAAAUCAAUACGCAAAAGAUACCACCUUACUAUUAAACAUAAUAACAAAUGCACACAAAGGACAGGUUAAUCCCCAAAUAAUUAAACCAAAUGAAUUAUUGACACAGCUUAAAGAUAUCAAAACAAAUUUACCAUCAAAUCUAAAUUUACCUAUAGAAAUAAACGCCAAAAGCUAUUUUGACUUUAUGAAAUUAAUCGAUUUAAAUAUUUUUUAUGUCAAUCAUCUAAUAAUAUUUGUAAUAAAUAUACCACUCAUAGAAAACAUACCCUUUAAUCUUUACCAUAUCAUAAGUUUACCGGUCCAUGUAAAUAAAAACGAUUUCGUUUUUAUUCAAUCUACCCACGAAUUUAUAGCGGUAGAAAAAAAUAAACAGUCUUACAUAUUUUUUACCCAAAAUCAAAUUAAUAAAUGUAAAACAACUAAACAAAAACUAAUCUGUGAAUCAAGUAUGCCGAUUUCAAACAAUAUUAAAUCAAGCUGUGAAUUUCAAUUAUUUACAAAAGAAAACAAUAUGCCAGAAAAUUGCGAAAUAAAAACGGUACCAAUAUUUAGUGACCUAUGGCACCAACUAGGAAAUAGUAAUCGUUGGAUAUACGCAACCCACAAGCCCAUUGAGUUAAUCGUAAGCUGCCAGGACGAAGUAGAGAAUAUAGAAAUAAACAAAGCAGGAAUAUUAAGUCUAAAUCCGAAUUGUAAAGCUUUCACUAAAAACAACAUUAUAUUAGCUAAAUAUCUGGGAAAAAGCAAUUUUUCUAAAGACUACGUACCACAAUUUCACUUAUCUAAAUUAACUGAACACUUCAAUGACAAAAUAAGACAACAACAACCCGAUGGCGAAAACCAAAUUAGCCUUAAUACAGCGGUGAAGUUUAAUGAUUUAAAAAUAUAUGCAAAAUCAAUGUCAACCUUAGAUGAACAAAAUAUAACAAAUGAAUUAAGCUCAAAAUCAAAUGAUAAAAUAAAAACGGUACAUUCUGUAGGAAUAUCGACGAUAGCGCUAAUAUUAACCGGAAUUAUCCUAUUCAAAAUAAUAAAAUCACUCAAGACAAAAAAUAAAACUAAGCCAUUAGACACUGUGAAAGUAGUAUACAAUGCUCAGAGCAACCAACUUCAAGUCCAGGAUAACACAGAAUCAGCCUAA